GCUGCGAAGAUCAAGCAUCCAAGAAACUGAAGUUGAGAAGUUCUUCCUCUCUGCCUCGAUUUUUUCAUCGAUUUUUUUUAUCUAUGAAUAUGUUUAUAAUCUAUACUAAUUUCUGGAAUAUAAAGUUUAAAAUUUCAUCUUUCAAUCUGUGUUUGUUGAAUUUUGUUCAGAAAAGUAUAGAUCUAAGUUAAGUAUAAUGUUGAACUUCUAAAAUUUAUAUAUUACAGAUUUACAGAGCUAUAUACUAUUUUUUUUCUUUUCAAAAAUCUUAGGUGACCUGAACAGCUCAAAAACCCAGAUCUGUACUCAGAUCUUACAUGCAUGGGUUCGAUCUGGCCUUACAUGCACGGAAGAAGAAAUACCCAAAAUAUGAUAUUGAAGUUCAUCCAUUUUAAAAAUUCGUAGAUUCAUAGAUAUAUGUAUCAAGAUAUAGGAUUAAAAAUAGUUUAGAGUCCUUUUAUUUGGGUAUAUUUAUCAAUGAAAUACUAUUAUCAAUCUGACCUUUAAUAGUGUUUUUACUUAAGUUAUUGUUCGCUUUGUUUUAUUGACUAUGCGUUUCUAUUCAUUUAUAUUGUAGAUCGGAUCAUGGCUUCUAUUCAUUUACAUGGAUAUUCUUAAUAUAAAAGAUACUUGAAAUCUACUUCAUUGUGAAUUGCAAGGUAAAGCCAUUGGUACAAGAAAGAAUGCUCUCAGGAGCUGCUGUCUCCCUGCUCUCCCUCAUACGUAAACAUGAAUUCAACCGUACAUCAAUCCAACAACUCCACUCUCAUUUGAUCUUUUGCACCUCAACGCCGAUCAUACUCACUCUUUGGAACUCUGUUCUCCGCCACUACUCCCUCGGAUCCUCCCCCCAAGAAGCUCUUUUCCUCUUUCGGCAUCUGCAGCGCAGAUUGAGACCCGGGUUCUUCUUCGAUAGCUUCGCUUAUUCUUUCCUCAUUAAAGCUGCUGCUAAUCUAACCCAACCCAGUAUCGGAAAACAGGUGCAUUGCCUGAGUUUUAAAUCUGGGUUUCAUUCUCAUGUUUAUGUGCAAACUGCCUUGGUUGAUAUGUAUGUUAACUGUCGGUGUCUUGUGGAAGCCCAGAAUGUGUUCGACGAAAUGCCUAGCAGGAAUAGUGUGACAUGGAAUGUGUUGAUUACUGGGCUUAUCAAGUGGGGUGAGCUUGGGUUUGCUCGGGCUGUUUUUAAUGCGAUGCCGGAGAAGAAUGUGGUUUCUUGGACGGGUAUUAUUGAUGGGUACACACGGGCGGGCAAGUUCAAUGAAGCUUUGUUGUUGUUCCGUGAAAUGGUGGUGAGUGAGGGGAUUAAACCAAGUGAAGUGACUCUUUUGGCGAUUUUCCCUGCUGUUUGGAACCUUGGGCAUCUCAAGUCUUGCCAAAUGCUGCACGCCUAUGGGGAGAAAAGUGGGAUCAACUCUUUUGAUAUCCGCAUUAUGAACUCCCUUGUGGAUGCAUAUUCCAAGUGUGGGAGCAUAAACUAUGCUUCGAAAGUUUUCGAUGAUAUACCAGAUGAAAGGAGGAAUUUGGUGUCAUGGACAUCGAUAAUAUCAGGAUUCGCAAUGCACGGGAUGGCCAAAGAAGCUUCGAAUGGUUUUAGGAUGAUGCAGAGUGCAAAUGUAAGACCAAAUCAGAUUACAUUCUUAAGUGUACUACAUGCUUGUAGCCAUGGUGGUUUGGUGGAUGAGGGUGUUGUGUUUUUCGGAAAGAUGGUUCAUGACUUUGGGCUUCAACCGAAUAUUAAACAUUAUGGAAGUUUGAUAGACAUGUUGGGGAGGGCAGGGAGAUUGGAAGAAGCAGAAAGGAUGGCUUUGGAGAUACCUAAUGAGAUCUCCAAUGUUGUGAUUUGGAGAACACUAUUGGGUGCUUGUAGUUUUCAUGGAAAUGCAGAGUUGGGACAGAGGGUUAUGCAGAAAAUUCUGGAGCUGGAGAGAACAUAUGGUGGUGAUUAUGUGUUGCUUUCUAAUAUUUUUGUUGAUAAUGAAACACGUAGUUUACAAUAAAUCGAUUCAAACACAGCACCUGUUCGAUGGAUUGCCACCGAGGUGUGAUAAGAACGGAGCUUCGAACUUGAAAGCGCUGAGGGCAGAGAGCCGAAGGCGACUUGGUGGACAACCGUAACCGGGAAGCCUGCGAGAUAGAGAGAGAGGCGGAGACGCCGAGGCAGAGGGAAGCGGAGAUGCCGAGUCGGAGAGUCCGAGAGGCCGAGGGAGAAGCGGAGACGCCGAGGGAGAAGCGGAGGCGCCGUGGGAGAAGAAGCGGAGAAUCAGAGAGACGCGAUGGGUGUGGGCCGCAGAAAAGAUGGGUAGGGUUAUGUUGUAUUUGGGUGUGUGUAUCAGUGUAUAGCAUGUGUUUUAAUUUAGAUUAUUAUUAUACAUUUAAUUUAAUUUAGAUUAGAUUAAUGAUUGUUUGGAAGUAAUAUGUGUUUAAAUUAUCUUUUAAACCAUCUUUUAUAGUUUAAAUUUAAA